AUGUCCGGUAUCCUUGCAAGCUUGGAGUUUGAACAAAUUGCAGUGUACAAACCUGGGGAGGUUGAGUAUGAAAAGUCUGUUGCGACUGCAUAUCUGCUGUACCGCUUCGCGAGACCUUCAUACGUAGUUCAGCCUACACAUCCUGCCCAGGUUCAGGACAUUGUGAGGUACCUCAUCGAGUAUAAUGACAGACAGAAGCCAGACUCCCAGGUAUCCAUCACGAUCAAGAAUGGCAGUCAUUCUUAUGCAGGGUUCUCCUCCACCGAUAAGGGGAUCUUGUUGGACCUCUCAAAGAUGAAUAGGGUGAAGCUCAACCUGGACAAAGUCUCUCAUCCAAAAUCAGUUAUCAUCAGAGGGGGUGCCUUAUGGGGUCAUUUAUAUAAGCAAUUGAUCAACGGGAGGCAUAAAGGGUACAUGCUCGCUGGUGGGGACUGUUCCACUGUCGGAGUGAGUGGUUUUGUUCUGGGUGGUGGUCUCAGCGCGUUCUCCAGAAGCCUCGGAAUGGCAUGCGAUAAUUUGACGGAGGCGACCAUAAUUACUGCCGACGGUAGAAUGGUUACAGUUGGGGAGAACAGUGACCCGGAUUCAGAUGAAGGCAAACUAUUCUGGGCACUCCGUGGUGGCGGUGCCGGGAACUUUGGUAUUGUCGUCCAGCUGAAAAUGAACAUCCACCAGCUCCAGAAAGAGGACGAUAGUGCUAGGACUCGGGAAACGGUGAUAGCUGGAAGAUACACAUGGUUUCCAUAUCCCGGGGAGGUGGAAGAAGCUAAACUUAUGGCCACGAUGAAUGAGUCCUAUACGACGAAGUGGGUGGAUAGCCUCGCCAUUCACAGUACAUGGAUCUGCGAUCUCCAAGAGGCCAGGACUCUACCUGCAAUUCGCUUCAUUGUCUACCACAAUGGCGAGAAGAAUAGCAUCGAUAAGCAGCUUGACAAAUUGGUCGAACAAGGGAAUCCAUCGGAUCAAACGAGCGAGCGGAGGCGGGAGUUGGCGAAACCUCUCAGAAGGCGAACCGACUACGCUGUUCCUUCAUGA